AUGGAGAACGGUGUGCCCCAGGAGACUGGGGGCUCCCAGGCCUCUUUGGAAGGGGGCAGAAUCCCACCGGCACAAGGCAGUGCUGUCACCACAAAUGCCCCCCACCCACCCCGAGUGCGGCCUAGGCUCGUCUUCCAUACCCAGCUGGCCCACGGCAGCCCCACAGCCAAGAUCGAAGGCUUCACCAAUGUCAAGGAGCUCUACGCCAAAAUCGCAGAGGUCUUCAACAUCUCCCCAACAGAGAUCCUUUUCUGCACCCUCAACACUCACAAGGUGGACAUGCUGAAAUUACUAGGUGGCCAGAUUGGUUUGGAGGACUUCAUUUUUGCUCACGUCCGUGGGGAAACCAAGGAGGUGGAGGUGACUAAGACAGAAGACGCUUUGGGGUUGACCAUCACUGACAAUGGGGCUGGAUAUGCUUUCAUCAAGCGUAUCAAGGAAGGCAGCAUCAUCAACCGGAUCCCGACCGUCUGCGUUGGGGACAGUAUAGAGGCCAUCAACGACCAAACCAUCGUGGGAUGCCGCCAUUAUGAAGUUGCCAAGAUGCUCCGUGAGAUGCCCAAGGCCCAGCCUUUCACUAUGCGCCUCGUGCAGCCCAAACGCGCCUUUGACAUGAUCAGCCAGCGGACGCGGAGCAGCAAGAACCCCAGUGAGGGAAAAGUGGCAAGCGGUCGGGAGACACUACGGCUAAGGGCAAAGGGUACUGCCACCGUGGAAGAAGCGCCAAGUGAGUUUGAGGAGGAAGCAGCUCGAAAAGUGGACGACCUGCUGGAAAGCUACAUGGGGAUUCGGGAUGUGGAGCUGGCAUCGACCAUGGUAGAGAUGGCCAAGGAGCGCCAGAGCCCUGAAGACUUUGCCCGGGGUCUUGAUUCACUGCUGGGUGAAUUUGCAUUUCCAGAUGAAUUUGUGGCAGAGGUCUGGACAGCUAUCUGCGAAGCCAGGGGGUGCUCCAAGUAG